CAGCAGGGUCCUGCUCUCGCUCUCUCUUCCCAUCGCCCAAGAUUCACAAAGGACUACAACUGGAUAGUCGGAACUCGCAAAACUACGCUCGUUUGAUGCAUUUAUUCCAAAGGAUUUAUUUAAGGGACUUUUACUAGGUGAGACACCAUGGAAGGCUGUUGAUGGCUAACUCUGCCUUUGGCUAAAACGUAACUCAGGAGAGCAGCAUGAACACAUAGGUUGGGUGUGCAGGGAAAUAACCAACAAUGGCCGCCCAUCGAAUCAGAGCGACAAACAACAACAUUGCACUGCCGCGCUGCAAGUCAGAGGGGACACUCAUUGACCUCAGUGAUGGAGUGUCUGAAUCCAACUGUCUCACAGAUGUCAAAGUGCCUUCUCCCAGUGCCUUAAGACUGGAUGCCACUGCCUCCUUCGGCACUGCCAGGGAAGUCGUUGCUAUUAAGGAUUACUGUCCCUCCAGCUUCACCACCCUCAAGUUCUCCAAGGGAGAACAUCUCUUUGUGCUGGACACAUCGGGUGGAGAGUGGUGGUACGCCCACAAUAGCACUGAGAUGGGUUACAUCCCUGCGACAUACGUCCAGCCCAUCAACUACCGGGACUCCUCAUUCAGUGACAGCGGUAUGAUCGACAGCCUAGGAGACUGCUCUGUUGAGGAGGGAGCCAAGGAGCUGGACCUCCUUGGAGAUUGGACCGGGGUGACGCUGAAACCUACUGCCCCCCAAAACGGGAACCCCUUUGCCCCCCAUCACCAGCAGCUUAGCCGUAGCUCCACUAACCCUUUCCUCAACGGGGCCCUUCAAGGUUCUUUGGAUCAGAACAGUAAUGAGAACAGUAAGUCAGUGGACCUUCUUCUUUUUGACAACCUAGCCCCCUCUGUCCCACCAAACUCUACCAGCAGUAGCAUCAACAUCAACGGCUUUGGCAGCGGCAUUUUUGAUCUGAAACCCAUCAGCCCCAGUUUGGGAGUGGGCCAGAUGUUACGCAGGGACAACCCAUUCUUCAGGAGCAAGCGAUCCUACAGUCUCUCAGAACUUUCAAUCCUGCAAGCUCAGAAUGACGCCCCUCAGGCAUCCUCAGGUUUUUUUGGAGGCCUGAAAGCCCCUGCACCUGAACAGUUCCAGAGCAGAGAGGACUUCCGGGUGGCGUGGCUCAAUCACCGCAAGCUAGCCAGGUCCUGCCAUGACCUGGACUCCUUGGGUCAGAACCCAGGCUGGGGACAAACACAGCCAGUGGAGACCAACAUUGUGUGCCGUUUAGACAGUUCUGGAGGGGCCGUCCAGCUUCCAGACACCAGCAUCAGCAUCCACAUCCCGGAGGGCCACGUGGCCCCUGGAGACUCCCAGCAGAUCUCCAUGAAGGCCCUGCUGGACCCACCGCUGGAGCUCAACAACGACCGAACAACGACCGUAAGCCCUGUGGUGGAGAUCAAGCUCGGCAACAUGGAGACCAAAACCACAGUCACCCUUGAGAUGAAGGUGUCCGUUGUGGUGAAGAAGGAGAGCAGGCAAACGACAAAGGUCAUAUGUGUGAGGAGUGACUGCAAGGAGGGGCCCUACACACCAAUCCCCCAAGCCUAUAUGUAUGGGGACACCAUCCAGGUCUGUCUGGAUAACCUUGAGCCCUGCAUGUAUGUGUCUGUUGUUGCCCAGGCCCAGUCAGUUGCUCCAGAAACCACUGUUUGGGACAACGUGGUGAAGAAGGUCACCCUGGGUGUCUAUGGUCCAAAGCACAUUCACCCAUCCUUUAAGGCUGUGGUGGCCAUCUUCGGCCAUGACUGUGCCCCCAAAACAUUACUGGUGAGUGAAGUAGGGAAGCAGGCCCACGCCACCCCUCCAGUGGCUCUUCAGCUCUGGGGGAAGCACCAGUUCGUACUGGCAAGGCCCCAGGACCUUCGGGUUGGUGUUUACUCCAACAUGGCCAACUAUGAGGUAAAGGCCAGUGAGCAGGCCAGGGUGGUUAGGGGUUUCCAGGUCAAACUGGGAAAGGUUAGCCGGAUAGUCUAUGUGAUCGCCUCACGCACUGCUGAUGAUGUCUCAGAUUUCACAUUACGCGUCCAGGUCAAGGAUGACCAAGACUGUAUUCUCGCCCAGUUUUGUGUUCAAACUCCAACACCUCCACCCAAGACCGGUCCACAAACAUCUGUGCAGAGGCGCUUCCUGAAGAAGAAGGAACUAGGGAAAAUUGUCUUGUCCCCUUUGGCCAUCACUACCAAAUACCCUGUGUUCCACGACCGACGAAUCCGCAACCUGAAGUUUGGCAAGUUGAUCAAAACAGUCAUCCGUCAGACCAAGAACCAAUACUUACUGGAGUACAAAAAGGGGGAUUACUUUGCCCUUCUGAGCGAAGAGAAAAUAAAAUUGAAGGGACAGUUGUGGACUAAGGAAUGGUACAUCUGUUACUAUCAGGGUAGAACAGGGCUUGUACAUGCAAAAAAUGUUCUGUUGGUGGGGAAAGUAAAACCCAUUUACUUCAGUGGGGCUGAACUAACCACUACACUCUUACUGGAUCAGAUCUUGAAGCCCUGCAAGUUCCUGACAUACAUCUAUGCCUCUGUGAGGACUAUACUGAUGGAGAACGUAGGAAGCUGGAGGGCGUUUGCUGAUGCCCUGGGUUACGUUAACCUACCUCUCUCACACUUCUGCCGUGCAGAGCUGGACAGCGAGCCUGAGAGGGUGGCGUCUGUUCUGGAGAAGCUGAAAGAGGACUGCAAUAAUACAGAGGGCAAGGAGAGGAAAUCCUUCCAGAAGGAACUCAUGACAGCGUUGCUGAAGAUGGACUGCCAGGGCCUGGUGGCCAGGCUGGUGAUGGACUUUGUCCUGCUGACCACGGCGGUGGAGGUGGCUGGGCGGUGGAGGGAACUGGCUGAAAGGCUAACCAAAGUGUCCCGUCUGCAGCUGGAUGCAUACGAGGGACCGCACAGAGACAGGAACGGCGUGGUGGACAACGAGGCCAUGUGGAAGCCAGCCUAUGACUUCCUAUUGAUGUGGGCGGCCCAGAUUGGGGACAGCUACCGGGACGUGAUCCAGGAGCUCCACAUGGGCCUGGACAAGAUGAAGAACCCCAUCACCAAGCGUUGGAAACACCUGACGGGAACGCUCAUCCUCGUCAACUGCCUGGAUACGCUCCGGAGCUCAGCCUUCAGCCCCGCCUCUCAGGACGACUGUGCCAUAUAGACCAAACUGACCAUAAUCAUCGUCAUCAUCACUCAUAGGGUGCAGCUUGUCUCCUUCCCUUAUAUCUCCGCUAAUUGAAAAGCAAUUUAUUUCCCACCCGUAUAGAUGCUAGAUAGAAGAGGAUGAACAUUUGGACUGUUGAUAUAGACUCCGCCUCCUGCUGUCCUUCCUAUGUCCAUCACCAUCCUAACCCCACCCCUGACCUGACCCCUAACCCCACCCCUGACCUGACCCCUAACCCCACCCCUGGCCCUACCCUUGUGGAUCAUUUUUGCAUAUCUUCCUAUGCUCCACAACCUUAUUCCCUGUUUGUAUUGAAGAUUCUGAACAACAGCUGUCUGUCUGGUCCCUCUGAGUCCUGCUUCCUCCGAAUCUGCCUUUAGUCCUCAUGGGGGUGAGGGCCUGGACUGCUAGACUGUCCCCCCUCACCCCUAGGAGGACUAGACUCCCCCUCACCCCUAGGAGGACUAGACUCCCC